AUGUCACUUCAAACACUUUCGAAGCAAUACAUCGUUGACGCAAUCAAGUCGUACCAAUCUCCAGGGACGUUGACGUCGCUUGUCAUUGACGAUUCCAUCCAAUCUAAUUUGUAUAGACUAAUCCCUAAGGACUCGCUUCUUCGUUAUGUUACCCUGAUUGACUUGAUUGAAUCCAAGAGGCGUAUCCAGCCAUUCAUUGAAGUCAUAUACUUGUUACCACCUACUCCAUUAAACGUUAAAUGCAUCGCCGCCGAUAUAGAGGUGAAAAGAUACAAGAAGGCUCAUGCUCUUUUCCUGGAGGCUCCAUCUUCACCAGAUUUCAAGGAUUUGGUCCAAAAACAAAGAGAAAAGGAAAACGGCGCAGAAUCAUACUUCGGCUCGAUAACGAUUAUGCCUUUCACCAUAUACAAUGCCGAGUCGAAUGUUUUCCUCACAGACACCUUCACACCUAAUUCAAUGCCCAUCUACUACAAUGGUAACUGUAGAGACUUGGUCAUGCUGCAAAUCAAUCAAGUUGCGAAAUCGUUGGUUAGUGUCAUGGCUAUUACUGGUGAAUACCCGUUAAUCAGAUUCUAUUCACCUCCACAGGACUCUAACUCACACGAGGCUUCAAGGUUACCAGAACUUAUUGCUAACGAGUUUCAGAUUCAGAUCGACAAUUAUGCAAGACUGAACCAAGAUUAUCCACCGCCACACCAGGCAAACAAACCUAGAUCAAUAUUAUUGAUCACUGAUAGAACUAUGGACUUAUACGCUCCACUCUUACAUGAGUUUUCGUAUCAAGCUAUGGCCAAUGAUAUCGUAUUGUCCUUGGAAAGAGAAAACAAAUACGUUUAUAAGUCAGAAAAUGAAAAAGGGGAGACUACUGAUGUUUCCGUGACCUUGGACAAUGAAUCUGAUCAAGAUUGGAUCCAGCUACGUCAUUUACAUAUAAUUGAAAGUAGUGAACUAAUCAUUGCCAAGAUUAAUGAAUUGAUAGCCAAAAACCCCUUAAUGGUAGACAGAACCAAAGCCACCACUUCGACAGAUUUAAUGUAUAUUGUAGCCCAUUUAAAGGGGUUUGAUGAAGAAAGGAAGCAAAUCACUCUCCAUAAAACAUUGAUAGAUGAGUGUUUGGACAUCAAUGCAGAUAGGAAAUUGGCUGAAUUUGCAGCUGAUUUUGAACAAACGUGUGCCGCAGGUGGUACUUCUUUCGAAGGGAUCAGAAAUAAACAGCUAGCCAAUGAUUUAAUAGAUUUAUUGGCAAGACAAGAUCUUCAUAUCAAUGAUAAGAUGAGAUUGGUUCUUAUAUAUGCAUUAUACAGAGGGGGAUUAAUUGAACUGGAUUUCAAGAAAUUGACCAAAUUUAUCGGUUUAAGUGAUGGACAAGUGGAGAGCGUCACUCAACGUUGUUUCACCAAUUUGAGGAAGUUGGGGUUUGCAGCAAUCAAACCUGAUAUUAAGAUGAACAGAGUGGAAAAGGCAGAAUUUCAUACUAUAAACAAUGAAGGUACUUUCAAUACGAGUAGAUUUGGGCCAGGGGUCAAAGCAGUCUUACAAAAGGCAAGUAAGUAUCAAUUAGAUGAGAAAUUGUUCCCAUACUUCAGAGACAAGCCCUUGGAAGAAGAUUUGCCAGAAUCGGAAAAAUCGUCAGCUGGUAGUGGACAGGAAGCCACUGGAUCACUUAGAAAUCCUCGAGUGAAGGCUUCUUGGGCACAAUCUUCUAACAAAGUGUCUGGUAUUGGAAACGGCAGCAGUGUUGGGGGUGGCCGUCCUAAGCAGAGAAUAUUUUGCUUUGUAGCCGGUGGGAUGACUUAUUCUGAAAUGAGAUCCGUUUAUGAAUUGACUCUGUCGUCUAACAACAAUAAAGAGUUCUUUAUUGGUUCCGAAUCUGUUCUCAAACCUAGAGAUUUCCUUAUUGGGCUCCAAAAUGUGGAUGACAAGAAAUCUAGAGUAGAUUUGGACUUAAAUUUGGACAAGCAAAAGCAAAGAGCACAUAUGAAGGCACCACCCUACUUGUUCGAAAUCCCACAGCAGAAACCAGUGAUCAAUGUUUCAGCUUCUUCUACGACCAGCACUCCACUGCCUUCUUUAAGACCCAAUGAGCCAAUUAAGUCUUACUCAUAUUCGUCUACAGGAGGAAGUAGCGGCAUUAGCAGCAAUGUAACCAACGGAGGUGUGCCACUGCAUUACCAGACAAGAUUAGGACAAGGAGGAGACCCGGCGCUGCCACAAGAUGAAAAGAAGAAGAAAUCUAAGUUGAAGAGACUAUUCAAGUAA